UUUGCUCAACUUUUUUGGAUCUAUUUAAUUCUUGUUUCUGGGGUUUGUUGAAGAAUCGGAGAGUCUGACUUCUAUAUUCUGAUCGGGUUUAGAGGAUGGAUGCUAGUGGUGCUAGGCGCGAUCGUCACGUGAUGGUCUCGUCGUCAUUGACUUGGAGUACCUGUGCUCCCAAUUCAAAUGAUAUCGCUAUCGAUGAAGCAUACCAAGAAGGCAGGCUAUAACCGACAUGACUUCAAAACCUGAGCACUCUCCGGCAUACUUGUACCGGUACCACUUACUACUUGUCCUUUACGCAUCCAUCACGAGCAUCGCUUUUCUACGCGUAGCGCGACAGCCUUACAGCAGGCGGCUUAAGACGGAACAGUAUGAAACCAUCUUCAAAGCCACGACGCUAGAUUCUGUUGCUGUGUGCAUUGCCAUGACGGGCGGAUGGAACAAACCAAGGAGUGAGAUCUGGAAGUGAGCUCCGGAGGCGCAACAAAGCGGACCAGCUCAGCCACAUUCGCGCGUAUAUUAUCGACCAACUGACCUCCUCCCACUUCCUCUUUUGAUUAGCGCCGUAUUCCCAGUUUAUAAGCAAAAUAACGCCGGCCUCAACUUCGGCUCACACUCUGCUCAGUUUACACCGCCACAGCUCAAGGUGCUCACUUUCAACUCACCUUUCUAUCCUAGCGCCGUUAGCUAGCCCAAUUAUAGACAUCCUGUUAUAGUUUUCUGUCAACUCUACGCGAAAGAUAACUACAGGGGUGAGCUAGCAAUAAAGCCCAGAAAUAGGCCACACU